AACAGCUAGAGCACCUAGAGCAGACCAAUCAAGAACAUAUUCUAGUGCUUUAAUAAGAUUAAUUUGCUACUUUGCUUUUACCUCUAGAAAUCAAAAAUUUUCUAGAACAGAUUUUUCUAAAGCAGAUUUUUCUAGACCAGAGGCUAAAAAAGAUAAAAUAGCCGGUAAGGUAAUUCACUACUCUGGUGAAGAUUAUUUGAUAAGUAUUCUAGCUCAUAAUGAUAUAGUCACAAAGAAUGAUAA